UCUAUUUGUAUGAUUUCCCUCGAAAGUAUAUCAGAUAAGUAUGAAGAUCAAUUCUCAAGACUGGAAAAUGCUAUGAUUGAGCUAUUCAAAUAUGACAAUUUGCUAAACAAUGAGUAUUUAGUAAGAAAAUUCGAAACGGAUCUUGCAAAACCAGAUCAUUAUUUGUUAUAAUAUGUAGUAGUUUAGAGAGAAAAUUCAAUAAAGAAUAAGUAUGUGCAAAAUGAAUAGAAUGACAGAAAGCAAUAUCAUUUGAUCUUAACAGCUAUACUGAAAAAGUAUGAUAAUUAAUUAUGGAGCUUUGAUCACAGUCAAUUAUUAAUAAGACCAUAUUUUCGUAGUUUGAGGAAGAGAAUCCAAAUAAAAUCUGGAGCAUCCAACAUUAGUAGCAUUAAGGAAUCACUUAAAAAUGUGGGAUAGAAUAGUGAAUAAUUAUAGUUUGAAGAAGAAAUUUAUUAGGCAGAUAAAAGUUUAAUUAAAUUAACAUUGACAUGUCAGAGCGAAUAAUGUGCAGAUGAGAUAUUCACUUAUUUGAUGAACAAUAAAUCUAAAUUAUAAAUUGACUCUGUUAUGAUGCAAAGCAUUAACUACUUAGAUGAAUUUCAUAAAUAAUUAAAUUUGAAGAAAUGUGCAAUGAUAUCAAAUAAAAAGUCGCAUUAAUUUGAUGAUUAUGAAAGGGAUGAAGAGAGGCAUGAUAGGGACAAUAAACAUUCUGGUUUUUCAAAAGGGAAAGGCCGAUAAAAUUAUGGAUAGUAGGAGAUAUAACAAAAUGAAGAUUACAAGAAUUAAAAAGGGAAGGGAAGAUUCGAUAGAAAUAAUGGAAACAGAUAAAAUAACUAAGACUUUUAAAAAGGGGAAUCGCAAUAAUAGUAUUAAUUGGUUCAAAAAAGUGUUAAUCAAAAAACACCCAAGUAGUUGGUUAAAUAGAAACCAAUCAAUUCAGAUGACUUCCCAACUUUGGGAACAUAAUAGAAUUGA